UGACACAGUUUUUCCUGCACCCGAGCACAGAGUCUCCCAGACCCUAUAGAAGCCAUCGUCAAGACUGUUGUGAGACGGUGGUCCCCUAUCGCAAAGAGACUCGGCAUCGCACCUUUCCACUGUCGGCCAGUUUGUCCCACUACAGCUGAUCGGAAAACGCUGCCGCUGUUCCUAGACCAUGGCGGGUUCACUUUUAAUCCGCAUAAAUGUCGCAAUCCAACGCCUCGAAUUGGCCAUCGCCUCCGUCUUGGGCAGAAGAUUUCCUCCAGAUGGAUACUGUUUGGCCGGUAUCGAAGUCCAAAAUGAGGUUUCACACCCGAAAUCCGCCUUCUCCUUAAGGGAUAUUAUCGGGGAUGGAUUCCUCUGGGGGGUACCCACAGCAAGACGUACCAUCGAAAAAAGACACAAGAGGAAAUAUGGCCAUCCAGAUUACAUUAUGAAGAUCCUCCAGCCAAAGAAAAAUAUCAAAACGUGCAAUGAUUGCGGGGAUGAUCACUUAAUCGGGGUUUUGUGUCCCACAUGUUACAAAAAAGUUAUUGAUGAAACUAAAGAGAUGCAAGACGCUAUUCAAAAAGAGUUGCAAUUGUCUCCUGUCGAAAACGAAGUGGUUGUUCUAUACGAGGGCGAAAAAGCUGGAAAACCAGACGAAUUCUUUGAAGGGAAACGUAUUGUUGAAAUACCGAAACCAAGGCCUUCAUGGUUCAGCAAAAAUCUUCUGCAACAAACAACACAACAGCCAGCGACAACCACUGACGUAAAGCCUUCAGAUUUAGGUUAAUUUAGUAAAUGAUUUGAUUUAAUAAAUACAGCGAGUUAGAAAAUAA